AUGCCGGUCAAGACGGUCGGGUACAUCGGCCUCGGCAAGGCUGGGGCCUCGAUGGCGUCCAACUUGCCCCGCGCGGGCUUUCGUCUGAUUGUGCGUGACGCCGACCCGGAGCGGGAGCAGAAGUUCGCCCAGGAGAAUCCCAACACAUCGGUGGCUGAGAGGGGCGUCGAGGGAUUCAAGGACUGUGAUGUGGUUGUCACGAUGCUGCCUCAGGGUAAGGUGGUUCGGGAGGUGAUCUUGGGAGAGGACGGGAUUGCGAAGGGACUGAAGCCCGGAACAAUAAUCGUGGAUACAUCGUCGUCGUCACCAUUUGACACCCAGAGCCUGGGAAAAGAUCUCGACGCGCUCGGGUUCGUCCUUGUCGAUUCUCCAGUCACACAGGCACAUCUGCACGACACUGACACGGGGGACGCCACGCUGAUGGUGGGCGCCAACUCGCAAGAAGCCGUGGACAGAGUGCUCCCGGUCCUCCAGGCGAUGGCCAAGUAUGUGUUCCACAUGGGCAAGCUGGGUUCCGGGCACGUCAUGAAGACGCUGAACAACUACAUCAGCGCGGCGUCGAUCGUGGCGCUCUCGGACGCGCUGGUGACGGGCCAGAAAUUCGGCCUGGACCCAGUGCAGAUGAUCGAUGUGCUCAACGUGGGCACAGGGCGCAACUUCUCCACCACCGACAGCUACAAGACCGACGCCCUCCCCCGGCGGUAUGCGUCGGGCUUCCAGCUGGCGCUGCUGAUCAAAGACGUCGGCAUCGCCAAGGAGGUCUUUGAAAAUAUGCACUUUGACACCGACAUGCCCGAGCUGAUCAUUCGCUACUUCAAGCAGUCCAUGGCCAUGCUGGAGCCGACGGCCGAUCACACGGAGCUGCUGAAGGGGUGGGAGAAGCGGGCUGGUGUGGAAUUGAAGACGGGCACGCCAGACGGGUCGAGCGUGACGGCGCUGAAGAAGUGA